AUGGCCAACACAACCCUUUCCACCGCCGCAUCCCUUCUGAUGCUGGCAACGACCGUCUUUGCCGCAUGCGAAUCUAUCAGCUACACCACCUGCGCCGACACAAUCGUCCACUGGUACGAUCCGACAAACGGACAAGUCUGCGAUCCGAUCGAUUGCGGCGGUGGUCGUGCUCCUGUUAAAUACGACGAACCUUGCUGCGCUGCCUACAGGGGCACAAAGCCCUGCGUGUCCACGACCUCUACUCUCUCAUGUUGGUCGCCUUCAACCGUCGCUGCUUCCUCGACAAUUGCGUCCGCCAGCUCUGCUGAAACUACCUCUGCAUCUACCACUGUCACGGUCACUGCCACGAGUGAUACCAGUGCUUUGUCUUCUACUGGAGGGGCGGCGGGGACUUCCUCACACAGUAUUUCGGGCAGCACCACUGCUCCUUCGACUACAGAGGCUCCAACUCAGUCAACAAACUCGGAGACUUCUGCAUCCGGCGCGAAUAACUCAAGUAGCCCUUCUCAGCCAGUCUCCACAAAUAUUGCCGGGACCCAUGUUGGUCCAGUGAUAGCGGUUGCUGUAGCUGUGGUUGGUGCUGUUAUUCUUAUUUAG